UACCGGGACUUUCCUAUUUUUAAAAAUGGAUGAACACCCCGGCGGAGGAGGAGUAGGAAUGGCCACCCCGAGACAGCAGCAAGCACCGCAACAGGGGAAUAAUAGCAACAUUAAUCCUCAGAUUGGGGGUGGUGGAGCAGCCCCUAUAGUCCAGCAGCAGCAAGAUGAGAUGCCAAGGGCCCAGCAAUACACUAUCCCCGGAAUCUUACAUUACAUUCAACACGAGUGGGCCCGUUUCGAGAUGGAGAGGGCUCACUGGGAAGUGGAGAGGGCCGAACUACAGGCUCGAAUAGCAUUCCUCCAAGGCGAGAGAAAGGGUCAAGAAAAUUUAAAGAACGACCUGGUUAGAAGAAUAAAAAUGUUAGAAUAUGCAUUAAAGCAAGAAAGAGCAAAGUACCAUAAAUUAAAAUAUGGCACAGAACUAAAUCAAGGUGAAGUUAAAAUGCCCAGCUUUGAAUCAGAAGAUACCAAAGACACAGACUUGCCUGCUGUACAGAACAGUCAGUUAACCUGGAAACAAGGCAGACAACUACUUAGACAAUAUCUUCAGGAAGUAGGUUACACGGAUACGAUAUUGGACGUGCGGUCACAGAGGGUGCGGUCCUUACUGGGGCUGUCUGGCUCAGAGCAGAAUGGUUCAGUGGAAACCAAGAACCUGGAUCAGAUCCUCAACGGAGGAGAAUCUCCAGCCAAGAGGAAGGGACAAGAUCUGAAAAGGAAUCCAGGAGAUGUUCUGGAGACAUUUAAUUUCUUAGAAAAUGCUGAUGACAGUGAUGAAGAGGAGGAUGAGGAAGGCGACAUAACGGAAGACGUCUCAAAUAGGACUAAUAAGCAAAGAAUGAAGAAACAUAAAAUUAAGGUGGGAAAUGAGGGAUUGGCAUCAGACCUUCCAGAUGACCCAGACACGGAAGAAGCAUUAAAGGAGUUUGAUUUCCUGGUGAACGCGGAGGACGGUGAGGGUGCUGGCGAGGCUCGGAGCUCAGGAGAUGGCACGGAGUGGGCCGAACCACUGCCAUUUACGUCCGGUGGGGGCAAGUCUUUUAUCAUGGGCUCGGAUGAUGUGCUGGAAAGUGUGUUGGGCUUGGGGGACCUUGCUGACCUGACUGUGUCCAAUGAUGAGGCUGACUACAGCUAUGAUCUUCAGGCCAAUAAAGAUGUGUUCAGGAAGACAUGGAAUCCAAAGUACACAUUACGCAGCCACUUUGAUGGAGUGCGUGCCUUGGCCUUCCAUCCUGUAGAACCAGUGCUGGUCACUGUCUCAGAGGACCAUACUCUGAAGCUGUGGAACCUCCAGAAGACAGUUCCUGCCAAAAAAAGUGCCUCUUUUGAUGUGGAGCCCAUAUACACAUUCAGAGGGCACACUGGACCUGUGCUCUCAUUGGCUGUAACUGCAAGUGGAGAGCAGUGUUUUAGUGGUGGCAUUGACUCAACAAUACAGUGGUGGAAUAUCCCUGGCUCUAAUGUAGACCCAUAUGACACAUAUGAUCCCAGUGUUUUGGCUGGCUCAUUUCUUGGGCACACUGAUGCGGUUUGGGGGCUAGCCUAUAGCGGAAUCAAAAACCGCUUGUUGUCCUGUUCUGCUGAUGGAACCAUCAAGUUGUGGAACCCAAAGGAGAAGUCACCUUGCCUUUGCACAUUUAAUGCGGAGAGAGAGCAUGGCAUUCCCACCUCUGUAGAUUUUAACGGUUGCGAUCCAGCCUACAUGGUGGCCUCCUACAACACUGGCAAUACCGUCAUCUAUGACCUGGAAACCUCUCAGUCUGUUGUGGAGUUAUCAGCACAGAGGGAGAACACUCUUCCUGCUGGGAAUCAUAUUAAUAAAGUAGUGAGUCACCCAACAUUGCCAAUCACAAUCACAGCUCAUGAAGAUAGACACAUUAAAUUCUUCGACAAUACAUCAGGUAAAGUUAUCCAUGCGAUGGUGGCUCACUUAGAUGCUGUCACCAGUCUGGCAGUGGAUCCUAACGGCAUUUACCUGAUGUCAGGAAGUCAUGACUGCUCCAUUCGGCUUUGGAACCUGGACAGCAAAACUUGUGUACAGGAAGUUACUGCUCACCGGAAGAAGUCAGAUGAGUCCAUAUAUGAUGUUGCCUUCCACCCGUCUAAGGCAUUUAUAGGGAGCGCUGGGGCCGAUGCCCUGGCUAAAGUGUUUGUAUAGACUGUCCCUUCCCCUUCGCCAGAGCCUGAGUGAACUCACCCUCCCGAUCAGACAUCAAGACAAAGAUCUGACUGCUUCACCUUCUGUAAUGAGUAGGAUUUUUCGAUGCUACACUGAAAUAAACUCUGUCAGCAUCCUUGCCAUCCAGGGCACACGUAUCAAUCCUAGGUGCCCAGCAAAGGACUGUUGGUGGUUUAGCGUGGCCUGGGUAGAGAGUACAGUUAGUUUUAAACUUUUUUUCCUCCAAACCUCAAAAUAGAAAAGAAAAACAAUUAUCGUACUUUACUGUAAGCCAGAGCUGGCGUUAUCCCAGAGUUUUUCUUCUUUUGAUUGGGUUUGAAAGAAGCUCACAAUGUGUACUUUAAGGAUGUUUCAGUGACCAUGGAGUGCUUGUUUGUUAGUAGAUCAUCAAUGACUACAGCGUGGUCACACUGCACCAGACGAACUAGCCCGUCCUGCCACACUAAGCCAUAAACUGAUUCCUGCUCUCAUAAAUCACCCUCCUCUCAUUAAUGUAGCGUUAAAAACUGUUCAAUCAGUCAUAUUCAUACCACAGCAUUAGCUUAAUGAUUUUUGUGUAAAAAAAGUAUAGUUUUUAUAAUCCUUUUUAUAUAAAUAAAGACUGUCGUAGCAGAGCUGAAGACAUUUUUAAAUUUAAGGGGGGUGGGGGGGUGCAUCUCUACCUACUCUGUCCUUUUCUGAGUGGUCCUACAUCACUGGAGGCCCUUAAUGAGUCCUGCCCUUACGAAAGCUACUGUCUGAUGUCGCUGUAACCUUGAUUUAUCAGAUGGAAAGAGUAAAUGAUAGAAGCACAGUACAUUUCACCAUGAGAGCUCUUUAGGUAUCAAAAAUUCAGCAUCCUAUCACUAUGUGAUGGUUUUGUACAUCUUACUGUAACUGAGUUAUUUAUCACAGGUUAGGCAACUGAAUGCUAUUGGCUUAUUUAUUUGACUGUUUUGGGGUAGUAUUAGCUUCUUUUUAUAAAGUAUGUGUAGCCCAAGGACAAUUGUAAAAUUGGGCUCAUGAAGAACAUGCAAGUAAUUAAAAAAAUUGUUUUUGCUCUUCAGAUGGAGUCCAAUCUGAGGUUGAAAAUAACGUUUACUUUUACCUUAAGAUUUUGCAAAAUUAUGCUUUCAAGCAUGGGGAGAUUUUUUUGUUUGUUUGUUUCAAUUUUGCUUUUCCCUUUAUGGCAUUUUUAUAAGUUAAUAAGUUUGUAAGUUAAGGGAUCUGGAUAGCUUCCAUUUGGUAAAUCACUAUUUGAAGUUGUUAUUCUGUCCCUACAUUUUAUCCUGUAAAACCAUUUUAUUUCAAACCUACAAUUUAUGAUGUAACUAGACAUUCUUUGUGUAAUGCAUGAUUAAUACAAUAAAGUAUUUUUUCUAGUCUUCCCAAGAAAAAAGAAAAAAGUUCUGAUCAGUUUUGAUGCGUUUUGUAACAUUUUUGAUUUACAGACUAUGGAUUAGCAAAUUUUAAAGAUUGUACCACAUAGCAAAAUACAACUGUUGAAAAGUAAUGUAUAUAAAAUGUCUAUAAUAAAUAUUAAAUGGUGUACCUGUAUAUGCAA